AUGCUUUCUCCUCCUGACCAGACAGUUGAUGUUGUGUCUUUUGAGGAAGUGGCUGUGUAUUUCUCCAUGGAGGAGUGGUCUCAGCUGGACCCUGCCCAAAAAGCGCUUCACGGAGAAGUCAUGCUGGAGAAUUCCAGGAAUCUGGCUUCUCUGGGCUUUAAAGGGCAAGAAAAUAAGAAUUGCAAGGAAGAAUGCCAAAUGAUCCAUUCAAAAGAGGGAAAAGGGAAGUUUCCAGAUCAGAUACAGCCAAAGAGUGAUGAAACAAAGAAAUCACAAAGUGGAAUGAAAAAAGGCUUUCCGAGGGUCAGUUGGCGUCAUAACCAUACAAGCAUUGAUAUGAGAAAAGAACCAUAUAAAUGCAUGGAGUGUGGAAAGACCUUUACUCGUAGCAGUAGUCUCAAUUCCCAUAAGAGGAUCCACACUGGAGAGAAGCCAUAUCAGUGCCUGGAGUGUGGAAAGACCUUUACUUAUGGCAGUAGUCUUAAUGUCCACAAGAGGAUCCACACAGGAGAGAAGCCAUAUCAAUGUGUGGUGUGUGGAAAGCAUUUUAUGAGGAAUAGUAAUCUUUCCUCCCAUAAGAGGAUCCACACAGGAGAAAAGCUGUAUCAAUGUAUGGAGUGUGGAAAGACCUUCUGUUAUUCUAAGUCUCUUUUAAUCCAUCAAAUGAAGCACACAAUAGAAAGACCUUAUAAAUGCACGGAGUGUGGAAAGAGCUUUACUUGUACCGAUCAUCUUAAUACCCACAAGACGGUCCACAUAGGAGAGAUGCCAUAUAAAUGUGUGGAAUGUGGAAAGGGCUUUAAGUGGAAUUGUGCCCUUACCUCCCACAAAAGAAUCCACACAGGGGAGAAGCCAUAUCAAUGCAUGGAGUGUGGGAAGACCUUCUCUUAUAAUCAUUCCCUUAUAAUCCAUCAUAGGAAUCACAAAGGAGAAAGACCUUAUAAAUGCACGGAGUGUGGAAAGACCUUUACUAGUAGCAGCUAUCUUCAUUACCAUAAGAGGAUCCACACAGGAGAGAAGCCAUAUCAAUGCAUGGAGUGCGGAAAGAGCUUUACUCGUAACAGUAGCCUCAAUUCCCACAAGACAAGCCACACAGGAGAGAAGCCAUAUCAAUGCAUGGAGUGUGGGAAGAGCUUCUCUUAUAAUCACUCUCUUAGAAGUCAUGAAAGGAAUCACAAAGGAGAAAGACCUUAUCAAUGCAUGGAAUGUGGAAAGACUUUUACUGGUUGGAGUAGUCUCAAUUACCAUAAGAGAAUCCACACUGGAGAGAAGCCAUAUCAGUGCCUGGAAUGUGGAAAGACUUUUACUGGUUGGAGUAGUCUCAAGUACCAUAAAAGGAUCCACACUGGAGAGAAACCAUUUCAAUAAAGGAAGUGUGAGAAGGGCUUUGAAAGAAAAA